GCUCUUUCCCGUUUGUCCCUUGCUUCUCAUCCAGGCUGCUGUCAAACCUGCCUCAGGGAUGAGCUGCAGAGCUCACAAAUGUCCUAUCUGUGGCUGCACUGUGGCAGGGCGCCAGGUCUCAGCCAUCACUGCCUCCAGGCCAGUCGCGAGUUCUCUAUCCAGUUGGCACAGGGCCAUCCCAGGCAUGUUUCUGGUCACACAUAGGGACAGGGAUUUACCUACUGGGUUGGGCUGGGCAGGGGAGGCAGCAGGAGGCAAAGAUGCCAGCAAUUUGGCAGUAAAGAGGAUGACAUCACUGGGAAAAUAUGUCCUUACACAUAUGGGUCUCAAAGCAGAGGAGAGGGCAGAGAUAUCAUGGGCUUUCUCCAGAUCCUCCUGCAUGCAGAAACCACACAGCAGCACAGGGUCUCUGAGGUGGCUGUCCUCCAUCCCUGCCAUAUGUUACCACAAACCUGAUAGGAAUUUAAUUCUUUGUCUCCUCUCUAGCAAACAUGUGCAACUAGGACAAUUUUUAAUAGCUUUUAUAUUUCAUGGACACCAAGGGAGUGUGUGAGAUUAUUGAACAAAAAGCCACAUUUCUACAAGCCUGCCUUCCUUAAUAACUGGUCUAAAUAAAUACGACAGCGAGGGUGGGUGGGUGGCUGGGUGUGUGGAAAGGGCCAAGAGCUGGCUGGGCUGUUGUGGUCCCAACCCUGAGGUCUAACAGAAAUCCCUGGAGACCUGGUCAGCCAGCCAAGAGCUCCCUCCAAGUGCAGCUUGUUCUUCCUCUGAGGGUUUUGAGGCAGGACAGUAGGGAGAACAAAGAGUGGUGUGAGCCCUUGCGGAACAGGGAGAGGAGGAAGAGCAAAGCCUGGGUGCAGGAGACCAUGCGUAAGACAGGCAAACCAAGGGGAUAUACUACAGGCAAGACAAACCAUGGUGAAAUUACAUCUGCUGGAGGUCUCAUUCUGCAGCACACUCUGUGCCCAAACACAGAUAUUCUCCUGGUUGCUUGUGUCUUCCUUGCAGAUUCAGAACAAUGGGCAUGUGACCUCCAUGUGACCUUCCAGUCUCUCCAGAAGCCUAUUGUGAAGAAACCUUCCAAGAGAUCCUACAAGAAGUGAGGGAAAAGUGACCAGAGGAAGUGGACAGUGUGAAGCAGAAGCCUUCAAGAGGGCACUGAGGACAGUACACAUUCCAGGGAAAGGAGCAGAGUCAGGUUUGCCAGGCAGUCUGAGAGAGAAGCAAGGUAGAUGGCAAUCACAGGUGUUUCUCAGUAGCACCCAUGUCCCUGGGCCUCAGAGGAAGGCAUCCCCACACUAUGGUAGCAAGAAACGAUGCAGGCAGCAGGAUGGGUCUGCUGCAACAGAGGUGUAACAAGAACCUGUUCAGUGUGCUGACUUUACUGGAGAUGGUUGGGACCUCGGCCUUGAUGACCUACGCACUGCUGUAUGAAGCUGGAAACCUGGUGAACCUCCCUGACAAACGGAUUGGCUUUUACAACUUCUGCCUGUGGAAUGAUUCAGCUGGGAAGCUGCAGUGCCUGGACAGCAACCAUCUACAGGCAAUGUACAUCAGUCUACAUGGAAUGGCACUAGCCACAGUUUGUGUGUAUGCCUGCCUGCUCGCCAUCCUCUUCCACAUCCUUUAUCUUUUACUUACGAAUUGCCCAUGGCAGAGAGGGGAAUGGAAGUGGAUCCGCAUCAUAGCCUUCAUCGAGAUGAUAAUCUUGUCUGGAGGCCUGGCUAUAUUUCUUUUACAAACCUCACAGUGGAUUCAUCCCUCUGAUUUCACUGGAGGCUUCCUGGCACUGCUUGUGACUCUGGUUCUGCUACUGCUCCAGAUUCUCACUGCCACUGUGUACCUCAGGUGGGGCAAGGAAAAGACUGCCUAAGCCACCUAACUGAGGAGGCCCUGCCCACUAAGAUUUGACAGUGAAUGCAAGAGCUAUUGGUAACAUGAUUUAAAAUAGUCAUCCAAAUACAGAUUUGCUUCCUAGAAAAAAUCUGAUUCCCAGUCCAAAGGCUCAUGUCAAGCCAUGUUCUGGCACAUUGCUGUGUGCAGCACUCCUGCAUCAAGCUGGUAGCAGACACCAGCAGCCAGAGCACAGAAACUUCUGAGGUAAAACAGUGCGUAAAAAAACUCAGUUUGGGGCACAGCAUCAAAGUGACAGCACUUCUGGCCCCAAAGAGCAGUGAAGGUAGCAGAACCAGCACACAAUGGACACAGCUCUCAGACCAUGCCUAGUCUAAGGUAAAAACGUUGCUAGUAUCUCAUAGGAUCACAUAGGAUGAGAUAUCUGUAACUAACAAAAUGCUUUUAACACCUUUUGCCCUACCAUGUAACAAAGAUAAAGGGAGUUUAAAAACAGGAUCUGUAGAUUAUGUUUAACUAGGAACUAACAAAUGUUCAGGAAAAUGUAACCAAAUAGGUAAUUUCUUUGUAAGCAGACAGGAUAUAUCACUUAAAAUAAAUAAGCAGCCAACCAACCUUCAAAUCUGUGAAGAAAGCUACUAGGACAACACAGAAAUAACACCAGAAAGAUCCAGUUUUGUAGUUUGAAAAGAUAACAGACUGAGCAUGCACCAAUUAAGAAAGUGGAAUAAAAGGACAAGUGAGGAAGACGAUUGAACGACCACCAAAACCCCCAAAGGGGUUGUAACAACCUCUAAAAGACACUAGAUGUAGUGUCCUUUAAAGGACACUAGAUGGCAGAAAAGGCUGAAAUAGUUACCUUGAUAUAAUAUUUUUUCAAAAUAGGCAUUUUAUGUUACUGAUUGGUCUGUGCAGUAAAUAUGUAACAGCCUUGUAAAUAUAAACUGCAUGAAUUCAUCCAGUGGCUGGGAGAACUUAUGUAAAUAAAGAACACCUCCUUAACAGUGA